GGGAGUCAUGACAACAUUGAAAACGGAUAGGUGUAGUGGCAACUUUUUCGUACGCAUCAUGACAAAAUCCAUUAACAAUAUCACGUCUAUGUGAUUCGCAUCGCGUUUGCCGGCCACGACCAUAGAAGUGACCCGUAAAGAAGCCGUCCUUAAUAAUAAUAUGUCUCCACGACACCCCGUGUCACCGUCUAUUACCCUAUUGGCUGGUUCGCCGCGGCUUCAGCCGAGUAAUUUAACGAGUGCGAUAGUCGACCCACGACAACCGGCGACUAUAUAAUGGCCGAGAUGCGCCAGCCGGACCAAAACUCGUAUCGUUUCUGAGACACCUUUGACCAUCGUUCUGUGCUUCGACGUACGUUUGUCUCGUUUUUCGUUCGUUUUCGUGUUAGACACACUGUGCGAGUUAUCAGUCUCUGUUAUCGCGUUCCUCCAGAAGCGCAAUCUAAAAUCCAUAUGCAAAAAUGUUAGCAUCUUGUUCAAUAUGUGGCGAUUGUUUCACCGGAAUUCAUCCUGAAUCAGUUCAUUCAACACCUUGUGGUCAUGUUUUCCACUACGAAUGUCUCAUGACAUGGAUUCAAAGAUCUCAAACAUGUCCACACUGUCGGUCAAAAGUAACCGAAAAGCAAAUUAUUAAAUUAUAUUUUCACAACAAUUCAAAUUUAAGUAUAAAAGAAGACAUAUCUUCACUGACACACCAAGUGCAAUCACUUACAUAUGAAAAUACUCUGAAGAAAGAAGAAAUAAAAAAUUUGUUAACUAUAACCAAAAAAGAUAAAGAACAACUGACUUCAUUAAAAAAACAUAUCAAAGAUGUGGAAGACAAAAUACGAGGCCAUCAAACAUUAGUAUCCACUUUACAAGAAAGUGUCCGUUAUUAUAAAUCUGAAUGCAAAAAAUCUUCUUGCUACAAACUUGAAGCUGAAGAUCUAAGAAAAGAUUUGGUAAAAUACCAAUCAAUAAACAGUAUAUUAUAUGGAACAGCUGCAGAUUCUCAAGAAGCUGUAUCUCUGUUAAAAAAAAAGACUGAUAUUCAAACUCUAUGUUUACUUAUAACCUCUUUUAAAAAAGAAAUUCAGACUUUAAAAGAAAGCAAUAGAGAUUUGGAAACUAAGUUUUCACAACGUGUCACUAAAUACAUGGAACUUAAAAGACAUUUGUGCAAUGUAAAUUCAAAAGAAUCCGUGAAUAUCAGAGUAAUGGAAAAAUUGAAAUCAGAAAUUACUGAUCUUGAAGCAGAAAUUUUAAGACUGCAAAAGAAAUGUGAAAAUUUAGAAUCUCUAGUACAAGCAAAUGAUGAUACUCCAAGAAGAACUGAAUUACGUAAAAGAAUAAUAUACGAAAGUCCAGCUCCUGAUUUGUCUAUUACUCCAAGUUUAGAAAAAGGUUUAAAAACAGUUAUAAACUCUCCAGAAAAUUCAGUUUCUUCAAUGGAACAACCAAAAGGUCAAUUGAAGCCACAUAGUUUAAACAAAAAAACAGAACAAUCAUCAUCACACUGUGUCAACACAUUUAUGCCAAAAAGUCCUCGGAGACCAAUUGGAUUUAUGAGACCACCUUUAACUACUAAAUCGGUAAGUGCAAAUUAUGUAUCAAAAUCUAUGGUCUUUUCAAGUAGUUCAGAUGAAGAAAUGUUUGAUGGUCUUGGUGGUCGUUCGAAACCAGAUGUGUACCCUAGUCGACAGAAACCAGUAACUAAAAAGCGAAAAUUAGUUUCUAAUUUCAAAAAAAAACCACCACCAUCAAAUGGUAAUACAACUUUGGAUAGUUUUUUAUCUGCUGAAAUUCUUUAAUUAUGUAUAUUUAUAAAAAAAAAACAUAUUUAUAUAAGUGUAAUUUUUUAUAGUAUAUAUUCGACAAUAUCAAAUUAUAUUUAAAUAACAAUAUUAGAAUUCUUAUAAGUACAUUAAUAAUAUUAUUUUUUUUUUUUUUAUUGGUUCAUCUUUUUU